AAUUCCUUUCAUCCCUGUCCGGGGACCGGAAUGCAGGCAACAGCGGGAUUGGAAGUGCAUGGACACUGUUGGACGGCUUUGGCUCUUGCACAAUGGGAAUUUUUGUCAUUCAAAACUGAGCACGAUGUUUUAUUUGUUUAAUUUGAGAAUGCCUAAUUUGUUAAUAUUACUUAAAACUAUUGUUAACUCAUUCAAAUGUAUGUGUGUUCUAUCGGCCGACUAAUAAUUGUUACUAUAUAAGCCGUGCUCCGUCGUCACUUGAGAGUUAUUCUUCCACGCGUUAACAUCGGGUAAGUGUCAGACUCCGCAGACUUCAUAAUUUUCCUUAAAUCCCAACCGUCUGAUUUUUUUUAAUCAAAUUCAAAAGUUUCAGUUUUGUCCCCAAAGUAACUGUAGCAUUUUUUGAUUCCCAACAGUUGGAGGAAGCUGGAAGAAUGUCUCCGUUCUUAAUCGCCAGCAUUUUCUUGCUUGGUCUUUCAUCCAAGGCCAUUGCCGCCAACUUCAAUCAGGUCUUCGAGUGGAAUGAAUGGGACUACGAGUGGCCCUCCGAGGCGAGCAGGGCACGGGCCUUGAAAGAUGGCACUUUUAACCUAGAAAACAUUUAUCCUAUACACAUGGCAGUUUAUGGAACAAGGACCUUCCUCAGCCUUGAAAAACACAAAGUGAAUAUUCCGGUGAGUCUGGUGUCUGUGCCGACGAGCAGCGCGUCCUCCGCACUCCCGAAGCUCACUCCAGUCCCUUCGUGGGACAUGCAUAAAUUGGGAGACUACUCCAAAAUUGAAAGAGCAAGAGGGCUGCAAGUGGACUCCAAAGGAAAGCUGUGGGUGCUCGAUGAAGGUAGCGACUGUACCGCUUCAAAAAUAUGGACCAUCGACCUAAAAAACAACGAUCAAACCAAAAUCAUUCACCGAUUUCCAUUUCAAAGAUUGUUGCACGAACUGAUGCUCGACGAAACGCCAAACGGAACCUUCGCCUACAUAUCGAACUCGAAUGUUUUUGUGAAACAAUACAUUGUCGUGUUUAGUUUGCAAAAAAAUGAAUCUUGGAGGGUGGACCCGCAAAGAAUAAGCUUUUUUUCCAUGGCUCUGUCUCCUAAGGAUCGGGAACCGAGAGAACUCUACCUAAGCAAAUGUGACUCCGGUGAACUGUAUUCAAUUCCCGUCGCCACUCUUCGGGACGGAACUCGAGCUGCAAAUCCGAAACUAAUUGGAGCCUUGAAUACAAGAUGUUCGUAUAGAAUGCUGGUGGACAACCACGGGACCAUUUAUUCCGCUUUUGUGAUAAAAAACUACAUAUAUUCUUGGAACACUUACCAGCCAUUCGUGGCGCACCGUUUUUAUCAGGUCGCUGAUGAACUAGAGGCUGAAUUUUUGCCAUUUGCUUUUGCCUUUGACGAGAAUGGAACUUUUUGGAUGACUUUCUAUAAUACAGAGAGAAAGCCAAGUUACAGACUUUUGAACAAUGCAGUCGAAGCAAAAUCCUCCAAGGCCUUGCCAGUAACUCCAGCCAAUCCAACCACCAAGGUGCAGAACAGCAGCUUCCUAACGCUAAAAUUGCACCAAGAUCGGCAGUUUAUCAUCGUUCUCAUCUGCUCCAUCGUAUUUACCGUCAUCCUGUCGGGUUUGAUCAUUCUUUGUCUCAUCCUGAGAGAGAAGAGGAUCAAUUCUCUUCCGCCAAACACCAACGAGGCCCAUCGAAUGAUAAUUUUCAGUGACGAGCUGGCCAAAUACCACGGAUCCCAAAAUGACGACAACUUCUCGUGAUCUAAAAGCAGGCAAAUUUUUUAGCCAGCAACCAGUGAAGAAAAGUUAAUGCAUGCACUUCUUAAUCUAAAUUCAAUUAAUUAUAUAAUAUAAACAUUUAAUCAUUCUUGAUAGUAUUGUAUUUUGUAUUGG